AUGAGAAUAAAUUUACGUGUCCUGUCUUCAGCCGCGGCGAUUGCAAUAACAUGUGCCGUAUCUGCAGCUGCUUAUUUUUAUAAAAGUCGCAUCACAGAAAUAAACGAAGUGAUGGUGUUUUGCAAACUACAAUACAACGCCUAUAAUUACUUUGACAAACUUUUAAGUUUCAUUGAUGCUGCGACGAAGAGCGUUAAUGUAUGUAUGCCAGGAAUUCACAAUCCCGCCAUUCAGGGACGCCUGGUACAGUUAAUAAAGAAGAAAAACAUCAAGGCGAGAAUAAUUAUUGAUCGGUCUGGUUACAAUAAGUCUACAGAAUUUUUCAUAAAGGAGCUUAUUGACGCUGGGGCGGAAAUAAAAUGCGAAAAGAAUGAUGCGGUAUUUACAAUGCAACAUAAGUUUUGUUUAAUUGAUGACAGGAUUCUCAUGACUGGAACGCUGAAUUGGGGCAACGACCGUUCAUGCGACCACUGGAACUAUGUGUAUAUAACUAGCAAACUGCUCCUGGUUGAUCCAGUGAGAAAAGAGUUUUACAGAAUGUGGGAAGAGUUCAGUAGUGAUUUACUUCGUAAACCGUAUUCAGAAUACACAACGAAUGACAGUGACGCGGAAACUGUAGAAAUCGUAAAUCCAGAAGAGAACACCGAUGAAAGUGGUGACUUCGAGUCGGUCGUGCGCGCCCCUACCAUAGACAAUACAGAGUUGACACCUAAUAUAGAUGCCCUCAUAUUUUAA